AAAAACCCAAAAUAACUAAAAACAAAGCCCGACCCGCUUUCUCCACUCUCUGCCACUCUCUGCUCCUGCUACUGUCCAGAUCCAUUCCUUCCAUUCUAUCGUCAGUAAUGGACCACCACCCAAAAUCAGCCCCCACCGCCGAUUCCCGUCGGCCGACCACCUACCAGGAUCCCGACACCGUUCGCCGCCCCAAAAGGCAGAGAAGUUGCCCCACCCCUCUCCACUCCGUCGGCCGCUCCGACGAACCCUCUUUCACCUUCGACACCAAAAUCUCCGACGACUCCGCUCCGGAGACCACGCCGAGGUUCGGGUUCUUCAGCGACUGCAUAAAGACCGGCAAGCUUCUGAAUGAAGACCAAAUCGGAGACGGCGAAGUGGGCCGCCUCGGCGGCGGCGGAGAUUACGCUCAGAAUCAGAAAAGAGCUGUGGGCUAGUUGUAAUUAUGUUGGAAACAUUAGGCUUUCUCGGAAAACAAUUAUCAAUUGCUGACCAUUUUCUUUUUUGUUAUAGCUUCUCUAAUAGGUAUUAAUGAAUCAAUUAAUUAAGGGGCAUAUUAUUAGAUUCAUAGAAAAGCCCCGUUUCAUUGGACUUGUAAUAAUGAAUUGUAAAGAAAUGUUCAUUUCCGC